UACUGUUAGCAUAACUUUUCGACCGGGACGACGUGGAGACGUUAAUCCUCAUUUUCUCAAAACUGUAAAGUACACGGGAAAUAUCGUGGCGGAACUUCUGGGAAAUUACUUUGUUUUGGAUUCAGAGUUCACAGUUUCCUGGUGCACCUUUUUUCCUGGAAGCACAGGUUGUUGUUUUUUUUUCUGUCCUAAAGUUGUGAAAUUGGAGUAACGUUAAGAAGCGUGGCAAAGUUUUCCUCCUUGCUGUCAGUAAGGUUUCGCCUGACGAAGAUGAAAUGAGUGGAUUUCUUUGAUAGUGGAUGCUUACAGAGAGUUGGGGCAGUAAGUUAUGCUAAAGUUUGCCUCUGUCUAUCAGAAUGAGUGCUACAGAUGGAGCUGGGGUCCCUGAACAUGAUGCAGAGGUCUGUGUCGUGCAGAUCUACCCCAGACCAGAGCUGCAGAGGGUUGCGUACUGUCCCUUGCAGGUCAGCGCCGAGGACACUGCAAAGACGGUCAUCCAGAACACUGUGAUCACCCUGGGCUUGCCACCCAACUGUGCAUACAGUCUGCUGGAGGUGACGGAGUACGAUGAGGAGAAGAUGCUGAAUGAUACAGACUGCCCUUUGGAGCGAGUCCUUCUUUGGCCCCCAGAAGCCCAGAAGUGGCACCCAAGAAGCCAUGGCUACUACUUUAUCAUACAGCAGCAGGUCCACCAAGGAGGAAACCAGGAAGAAACCAGUGGAGAGGACUACGAUGACCUGUGUGACCUCCCCUCUGUAACUGAGGACAGUAUUCUGGAGGCUUUGAGCCAGCGCUUCUACAAGUUCAAAAUCUACACUUACGCAAGCAACAUCCUCAUUGCUGUCAACCCCAAUAAGUGCCUACCUGUGUACUACAACCCCAAGUAUGUAAAGAAGUACGAGAACCAGCCGCUGGGUAAAGAAAGCCCUCACAUAUUUGCCAUAGCCGAUGUGGCCUUCCGCACCAUGCUGAACAGGCAGGCCAACCAGUGUAUUGUGAUUUCUGGAGAGAGUGCAUCAGGGAAGACUGAAAGCAGUAGUUAUCUCAUCCACUGCCUCACUGCCCUCAGCCAGAAGACGUACUCUGGAGGGCUGGAACGGACCAUCCUGGGGGCUGGACCUGUGCUUGAGGCCUUUGGCAACGCUAAAACGGCACAGAAUAACAACUCCAGCCGCUUUGGGAAGUUCAUCCAGUUAAACUAUCUGGAGAGUGGUGUCAUCAGAGGUGCAGUCAUUGAGAAGUACCUCCUAGAAAAGUGUCGCCUCGUGUCCAGAGAUAAGAGUGAAAGAAGCUACCAUGUGUUCUACUAUCUGCUGGUGGGCGCGUCCAAAGAUGACCAAAAGUAUUUCCACCUAUUGCAGCCACAAGAUUAUCUCUACCUCAAGCAGGAAGAUUUCCACUUAGAUGAUGAGGAAAAACUUCGACAAGAGUAUAAAAGGCUCCAUCAAGCUAUGGAGAUGGUUGGCUUUCUCCCAUCCACCAAGAAACAUAUAUUCUCCAUGCUCUCUGCCAUCCUCCACCUGGGCAACGUGACGUACACACAGUCAGAGGACACUCAGGUCCUGGAGGUCGGAUCAGCACAAGUUCUGUCCAUUCUGUGUGAACUGCUCAAAGUGAAACAGGAGUCACUGAUAAAGGCUUUGACCAUGAGGAGAGUCGUCACCGCCAACGACACUGUAGUUUCGCAGUACACACUAGAAGAGGCCAUUAGAGUACGAGAUUCGAUGGCAAAAUCAUUAUACAGCGCUCUGUUCGACUGGAUCAUCUUCCACAUCAACCAUGCUCUGCUCAAUAGACGAGACAUGGAGGAGUCCAUCUCAUGUUUGUCCAUUGGUGUCCUGGAUAUGUUUGGGUUUGAGAACCUGCAGAAAAACAGUUUUGAGCAGCUGUGCAUCAACUACACCAAUGAGAAAAUGCAGUAUUACAUUACACAGCACAUCUUCAAGCUUCAGCAAGAUGAUUACAUAUCAGAGGACAUUGACUGGCAGAUCGUUGAUUACCCCAACAACAUUGGCUGCAUUCAGCUGAUCAGCGACAAAACAAAUGGACUGUUUGACCUGCUGGAUAUGGAGAGCAGCCUCCCUGAAGCCACAGAUCAAACCCUGUUGGAUAAGUUGAAGCAGCAUCAUCAGGACAAUCCCGUCUUUGUCCACAACACAGACACAGAGUCGACCUUUGUGAUUCAACAUUUCGCUGGGACGGUUAAAUAUCACAUCAAGGAUUUUCGAGAUAGAAACACAGAGCACAUGCGGCCUGAGGUGGUUUCUCUCCUCCGCAGCAGUGAGCGGGCUUUUCUGCAUUGCAUGGUCACAUCCAGUCCAGAGGCACUUUUCCGAUGGGGCGUCCUCCGAGCCACCAUCCGCAUCCUAACCAUAUUUAAGAACCUGGGACGACGGAGGGCAGAAUUUACAGCUGCCAGACGUCCCACUCGCAAACUGAAAGACACCAAACAAAGCACCAGUUCAGUGGACCGGCUCUCCAGCAACAGCUUUACUCUGGACUUCUCUUUCGAUCGCUCUGAUGAGCAUCCUCUUGAGGUAUUCGAAGACAUCUUUGCCAGUUAUGAAAAAAGAAAAAAAAGUAAAGGUGGCCGACAAAAGCAGCUCAUUCCAAAGAAUCUCAUGGAUAUGCGCUCACUUCAACAUAUAGUUGGUGUCACGGUGCAUGACCGAACCAGCAAAACCAUGUUCCACCCUCACAGGAUGAUAAAACCCCCAACAGUCAGCACUCAGUUUCAGGCGUCACUUGGGAAACUCUUAGAGAAGAUGGAAAAAGCCAACCCUUUCUUUAUCUUCUGUAUUCGCUCCAAUGCUGAAAAGAAGGGGAUGCACUUUGAUGAUAAACUUGUGCUCCAGCAAAUCAAACACAUGGGUUUAGUGCAAACGGUCAACAUCCAGAAGCUUGGUUACAGUGCCAAAUACACAUUUAAGGAGUUUGUGGAGAAGUUCAGAAUGUUACUUCCAAAAGGAGCCACUGCAACAUCAGAGCACAUAACACAACUGUUUGAGAAUAUGAAUCUCGAUAAGACCACCUACCAAAUAGGAAAAACAAAGGUGUUCCUCAAGGAGAAGGAGAGGCGGCUUCUUCAGGAAACUCUCAACACUGUGGUGAUUCGUCACAUUAUCAUCCUGCAGCGCUGGUUUCGUGUUUGUCUGAUAAGACUGCACUUCCUGCAAAAGAAAGACGCCACCUUGGUCAUACAGAGGUGCUGGCGUGAAUUUUAUGAAAAGCAAAACCGAGCUGCUACAGUUAUCCAGUCAGCAUGGCGGAGUUCACUCAAGAACCCAAAACACUACCAAGAAGAGGAACAGGGGACGUCUGGUACCAGGACUGGACGGGACAGCCUGAUGAAAAAGGAGCUGAAGAGGCAGCACAAAGUGGAGCAGAGCCCUAACAGGAGUCAGCAGCCCGACCAGUUCACAGAGCAGUCCGGACAGAGAGCUCGGAGCAGGGACAAACGAGCGGGCAGAGGAUCCCCUCCUCCGCUCAACAGACCACUGUCACUCCCUCUGGACUCCAAAGUCAGCAGCGACGGUGACAGUGACACCCCAAGGAUCAGCUCACUCCAGCGCUACAAAGAUGGGGGGGACAUGAAGGAGAAGGCCAACAGGUGGAAGGAGAGGAAAAGCGAAGGAGACCCAACAGAUGAAUCGAGUCCAGAAAUACAACGAAGACAAGACAGGAGGAAAGAAGACUAUCAGCGAAAAGGGAAGUCGAUGUCUGCUGACGAAUUGUCCAAGUUGAGCUCAUCUGGCUCUGACAGCUCACCGUCUACCAACGAGGACACAGUACGUCUCCGCAAGCAGCCCAGACGCAAGCGGCGCUUAGCCUACGCCCGUAGCGGUCUGAUGGUUAACUUUGCGACCUCCAAGGAGAGUGAGUACUGGAGCUUUCCACUGCCUCCCAUCAGCCCCCACAUGUCCACCAUGAAGAGCUCAGUCAGUAGCGUGGAUGUCCGGGCCCUGAAAUCACAGCGUGAGAUUGCUGCAGAGCCUGAUGGGUCGAGGUUUAGCCUUCCACCCAGAGGCACCAGUGAGGCCUCGGGGCAUCAGGGGUCAAACCAGUCUCCAACGACUCCAGAGAGGAUUUGGUUCCUCAGAUUCCUAAAGAAACGGUCACCCAAGUUUUCGCCAGUGACUGAUUCUCCACCAGAUAGAAAUGCCACUCUGCCCAGGUACACCACACAUCCCUAUCAAAUGCCAAACCAGAGCAGUGGAAGGGCCUCUCGAAACCCCACCAUUCGAAUCAGCCGGGCUACACGGGCCAUGGAGUGGAACGCAUCUCUGGAUCGGGAGAUCACCAACCCAAAGGAACUGCGAAAUCUGGAUGAAUUCCUUGGCAACCAGGUGAAUGAGUUGCGAACAAGAAUAAAAGAGCUGUCACCAACUGAGAGCAUCUUCCUUACAGCCACCAUGGAGUUCAGAGAGACCAUCAAAAGCAUGUUCUCUGUCCAGAAGCCUCAAAUCGGCUACAAAGACCUGAUGAAGGGCUACCAAAACAAAGUGAGCACAUUGGCUGGACCCAAGCAGAAAGCAGAGGUCUCACUGGUGGUCAACCUGUUCCAGUCUGUACUGGACGGCUUUAUUAGAGGAGAAAUGAAACGAGUGGAAUCGGAGCCAGUCAAGACAACAAAAACAACAAAGAAAAGGAGGAAAAAGGACAAAUGUCCUGAUAGCCCCUUGGAUCAUCUGUUCAGCACAUACCAAGUCAACAUUAUGCAGUCAUGUGACUUAUGUGGCUCCUACAUCUGGGGGAUGGAGAAAGCCUACAUGUGCAGUGCUUGCAAGUUGAUAUGUCACAAGAAAUGCCUCAGCAAAAUCAUCACAGAUUGCUCGACACGCUGUUCCAGACAGGAUGAGAACCUCCCAGGCACACUUCACUUCGGGGUACAGGUGUGCGUCCUCACCAGUAAAGCCAACCCUGUGCCCAAGGUGGUGGAGCUUUUGCUGAUGCAUGUGGAGCUCAACGGCCUGUACACAGAAGGCAUUUACCGCAAGUCGGGUUCAGCCUGUCGGGCACGGGAGCUGCAUCAGAUUCUGGAGACGGAUCCUGAAGGAGCAUGUUUAGACAACUACCCGAUGCACACCAUCACAGGCCUGGUGAAACGUUGGCUCAGAGAACUGCCUGACCCACUCAUGACAUUUUCACUUUAUAAUGACUUUCUGCAUGCUGUGGAAUUUCCAGAAAGAUCUGAGCGCAUACGGGCAGUCUAUCAGAAGGUUGAUGAACUCCCUCCUGCUAAUUACAACACUUUGGAGCGGCUCAUCUUUCACCUUGUCAGAGUUGCAAAAGAGGAAGAGCACAAUAAGAUGUCGCCCAGCUCUCUUGCUAUUGUGUUUGCCCCCUGCAUCCUGCGCUCCCCUGAUUCUAAUGAUCCGUUCCUUGGUAUGAAGGACGUGUCCAAGACAACGACGUGUGUGGAGAUUCUGAUUACAGAGCAGUUCAGACGAUACAGAGAGAUGAUGCAGAAUAUCCAGGAGCUGGAAUACGCAGAGGCACUGGCAGUCAAUGAACUCAAACUAAGGAGGCAAAACACGGUCAUUGAAAAACCCUCCCAUCUGGAUGUUCCUGAACAAAUUGACUCUGACGACACAGAGAAGACCCUCAUCGAGAGGAUCAAGUCCCUCAAGCAAGAAAAGGAGGACUUGGCCUGCAGGUUACCAGAUCUAGAACAGGAGAACUCUGAAAAUGAUAACUUGGACUCUGCGUCGUCCAUGAGCACAGAGAGCCUAGAGGAUCGCCUGGGGAGCCUGGAUUCGGAAGGAAAGAUGAUCUUGCAUUUGAAAACCCACAAACCCCCCGACUUGGCUAAGAGAGUCAGAAGCCUGAUGGCUCAAACCGACAACGAACACAGAGAGUUUUUUCCACCUGAACCUGUACCAGGACAGAAAACUGAGAACACCUUAAAACCGGAGGUCACCAGCAGCGGGAGCUUUGACGACCUGGACAUCCCUUACAUCGACGAGGAUGAAGAUCCAACCUGCUUAUAACAAUAGACUAUUACUUUUACCCCAUGUUGAAAGAACUGGGAGUAGUCUCAAAUAUGUGAUCAUGGAAAAGUUAUUGCAAUGACAAUUGUGCACUUUGCUGUUGAGACUUUUCUGUUUUAUAAUGCUGCUAUGGAAAACAUCUUUUAUAUGUAUUUAAUAGGAAGCCAUACACUGUUCCUUCAGAGUUUUAACUCAUCUGAAGAAACACCAACAACUAUGACUACUCGGCAUGUUCACAUAAAUACACUAUGGUUUUUUGUUUGUUUGUUUAAUGUACAGUGCACACAUAAAUUAGUUAUCAAGGUUUUUGGGCCUGUCCAGUUAACAUGUGGCAAGCUGUAUCUUAUUUGUAACAGGAAAAAACCAACAUUGCAAGGAGCGAUUGAGGAAGUGAGUGCAUCCUCUACUAAUACACUCAACCUCUGUGGUAUUAAUGGGAAUCUGUGUGGUAUGUGAAAGAAAUGUCUGGUAAUUGUACCAAAAUGUUCUACCAUUGUACAGAGAAUGACUAUGUUUUGGGGGUCAGCUGAAUUUAUAUUUUUGCUUUAUUAUUCAUUGCUAUGAAUGACCAUUGUUUUAAUAUAUCUGGGAAAAAAAAGGUCAUAUUGCUGCCUUUUACACUGACUGAAAACAUUCCUAUCCUCUGCAAUGUUUUAUUGCUAAGCUGUUGAUGUUCAUUAUGUUGCUUUUUUUUUUGUGCAUGUUUUUCAUUUGCAUGCCUAUACAUUUUAAGAGGUAGGAUUGAUGCAUUUUGGAUUUUAGUCACUAAUUAAAAUAAACUGACUGUUUUUGAUUUUCUGUCACUGUUAAUGACAACAACAACAAUAA